AUGGAAAACGUAUCCAACACUGACAUCUUUGCGACCCUCGGAACAGACCCAGACGCCACCGAGGUGACUUGGCACAACGACGGCCGCGCCCGCUGCGCCAACUACCGCUUCAACACCAAGCAGAAGGACCAGAUGUUCUGUCCCAAGUGUGGCGCGAGCCUGGGCAUCGACUUCCGCGAGGUCCACAAACCGCACUGCUACGGUUUCAGC